AUGAACUCUGGAAUAGCCUUCGGCGACGACAAUAAUGGCUUCCAGGCGGGCACCAUCAAUGGCCCGGUCCAAGCGUCAUUCUAUUACGCUACCGCACAACCAGAGACACCACCUGAGCCAUCGAUCGUGAUACCGUUUGGGUGCGAUGAUGACUUUGUCGAACGGGGAACGAUACUCGAAGACCUUCGAACAAGAUGCACUGCGUCAAACUCAUGGACGGCGCUCGUCGGCCUCGGUGGCGUUGGCAAGUCGCAGCUCGCCAUCGAGCAUGCCUACCGCACCCAUGCGCAGUCGCCUGAGACGUGGGUGUUCUGGGCGCAUGCCAGCAACGCCGCCCGGUUCGAGCAGAGCUACCGCGACAUCGCCGACCGGGUCAAGCUCGCUGGACGGCAGGACCCGCAGGCGAACAUCUUUAAGUUAGUGCACGACUGGCUACAAGGGUGCAAGCAUCGAUGGCUGCUCGUGCUAGACAACGUCGACGAUGCCGGCUUUUUGGUCGAGCGCCCAGCUGGGAACCCGAAGACGGGGGCCCGACCGUUGCGCGGGUACAUUCCGCACUGCGAUCGCGGGUCGGUGCUUGUCACAACACGUAAUAAAGAAGCAGCCCUGAAGCUAGUGGAGCUGCGCGACAUUGUUGCUAUAAGGCCAAUGGAUAUGUAUAGUGCGCGGGCGCUUUUGCACAAGAAGCUAGGAACGCAGGCCGAUAGUAGCAGUAUCGCUGAGCUAGCUACAGCGUUAGAGUACAUGCCGCUAGCUAUCGUGCAAGCAGCAGCGUACAUCUUGCAGAGAUCACCCCGAUACUCAGUUGUGAGAUACUUGGACGAUUACAGGAAGAAUGAGCGAAAGCGAACAAGCCUUCUCAAGUUCGACGACGGACAGCUGCGGCGAGACUGGGAGGCGACGAACUCGAUCAUCGUGACGUGGCAGAUCUCGUUCGAGUACAUACAGCAGACGCGGCCGUCGGCGGCCGAGUUACUGUCGCUGAUGAGCUUCUUCGAUCGGCAGGGGAUACCUGAGGAGCUCCUGCGACAUCGAGGCAAGCAGGAGAACAAUGAUGGCGACCAGCAAGGGCCGACAAGAGUCGCCGAUAUCGACGUAGAGGAGGACGAUGUAUCACAGUCUAGCACGAGUGUUGAGAGUGACGAGGAUACUUUUGAAGACGAUGUGGUAGCUUUGCGCAACUUCUGCUUUGUCUCAGACGAGAUAGGAGGCACCAGCUUCGAAAUGCAUGCGCUUGUGCAGCUCGCGACACGCACGUGGCUAGCAGCAAACAGCAGGCUGGAGCGGUGGAAGCAGCAGUUCAUCGGCAAGCUCAAUGCAGCGUUUCCAACAGGCGCAUACGAGAACUGGGCAGUGUGCGGACCUCUUUUCGCGCAUGUCAAAGCGGCUGCAGAGCAGCGGCCCAAGGACGAGCGGGUUUUGAUUGAGUGGGCUGCUCUGCUAUAUCACGCCGCAUGGUAUGCAGAGCAGCGGGGCAACGUAGCGGAGGCGAGGGAGCUAGCCAUGGCGUCGCUAAAGACGCGGCAGAAGGUGCUAGGGGAGGAGCAUGAGGACACGCUACGGAGUGUAGCAAUGGUUGGAUUAGUAUAUAAACUUGGAGGCCGAUGGGACGACGCGGAGAUGCUAGAGGUGCAAGUGAUGGAGACUCACAAGAAGAAGCUGGGAGCGGACCAUCCCUCCACGCUGACCAGCAUAAACAACCUGGC